GCCCUGACAAAAUAUCCGUCACCCAAGGCAGCAGCUUCUCCAUCACUUGCUCAAUUCAUUCCAGAUAUCCUGGAGGUUUCUUCUAUCUGAUAGAGUCUAACUUGAACACCACUGAAGCGAUAGCAGCAUUUGGCCACUCAAUCUUCUACUUGGCAUACUUUGAAUUCCCACUGAUAGAUUACAAAAGCCAAGGAGAGUAUUACUGUGUCUACGGUGUUAACAUCUCCUCAAGGUCCUUCUGUUCUGUUCCCUCCAAGUCACUCCAAGUAACUGUAGUCGCAACAUCCUCCUCAGUCGCCUUAGGAGUGGUUAUGGGUGGGCUUGUGGUGCUGCUACUUGUGCUGGUUAUAGGUUACCUGGUCUGGAGAAGGAGAAGGUGGGGUGCUGGUACCAUGGUUCAGUUUAGUAACAGGUUUGGAGGAGCAAUAAAGCCAGAUACUGAAGACAUGAUCAAUGGAGCACUUGAUGGAAGAGGCCAAAAUACCCAAGUGAAUGAGCAUACACGCAGUCGUGGCCCAGAAGACUUCAAUGCUGAUGUUGAUGACUCUGUUGAGAGGGUCUCUGAAGACCUGGCUGGGAGAGUGUGUUAUGAGCUUGAACCACUCGUUCUCUCGUGAUGACCAAAUGCGGAAUCAAUAACCUAUGUCAUGCAGUUUCACUAAAUAUAAAGAGUAACAUAGCACCUGGCUGAAAGUCUGUUGCACCAGAAACACACUAAACAGUGAUCGGUUCAUCAACACACCCUGACGUGCACUUCUACAUCACUGCAGUUAAGAGAGAAGGGACCACUGAAAAUGUAAUUUUCAAUAACAUACAUGACACUUGUUUAAACGGGCAACACUUGUUUUCAUACUUAUUCCUGAAGUGAUUUUUGUUUUUCUGCGAGAUUCUGCCAAUCACAAAGCUAAGGUCCACUGUACUGUGGGAAGAUACUGAUUACAAUGUCUUUGUAUUGCAUGAAAAUUGUCUUUAUUUGUUAUAUGUCAUCUGAUCAAUACAUUUGUAUUCCUUACAACACUUGCACAUUUUCAUUUGGCAGAGUUUUGGAUUGAUUACACCCUGCAGAUUAGGGAGCAAAUAGGAUUAAAGUUGACCAAAACAGCAGCCAAGAUACAAUAUAUUCCAUCAAAUACAGAAAGGAAUUCCUAACUUGUGUAAAUCCUUUACAUCACAAUCAUCAGUAAUUAUCUUAACACAAUAGUCACAAUGUCGAAGCAGCAAAAAUUGAAUUCAGCCAUCAUAAAUUUCAUCAUUUACAUCUGUGCUUUUCCUGUCUAAAUAUCCUCCAUGAAAAAGGCCUGUGUAGUGGUAUAAAAGGUACCUCUGAAAUGUGGUGGAGUUGAAGUACAAAGUAACCCAACCUGGAAAUAAUUGAGUCAACAAGUAUCUCUAAAUGUGCUUAUGUACAGUAAUUGAGUACAUGUAAUUAGUUACUUCCACCACUGGUGUGUGUUUUUACCUUCACAAUUAGCACAGCCAGGCUCUACAACUGAAAUGGCAUGUCACACAAGUGGGUGUGUCCAUGCAGGCAGGUGAGUCGUGUCCAAACCUGCUCACCUUGUCUGCUGUUGCAUCAAAACCAGCUCCACAUACCUGCAUUCAGGACACUAGAACAGUCUGUCUUCCUGCAUUUUCUUUGUUGUUCUUGGUAAAGUAGCAGAUAUGUCGAUCAAAGUGUAUUACACCAGCGUGAGCAGUUCCAAAGAGAUCAAGAAAUGGCAGCAACAAAUCUUCGACAUCCUGAGCAGCAAGAAGAUCAAGCACGAAGCUGUGGACAUUGCUCAGGAUGUUAAAGUCAAGGAUUUAAUGAGGGACUUGGUAGGGGACCCGACUGCACUAGCCCCUCAGAUAUUCAAUGGAGAUAACUACUGUGGGGACUACAAAGCAUUUGAAAAUGCAAUCGAGGAAGAAGCAUUGGAGAGUUUUCUCAAGAUCUAAAAGGAAUAGGGACCUGCUUUGAGACAACAAUAAAUAUAUACUCUAUAAAUAUUUCUGUUUCCUUUUGUUUUAUUCUGAUAGAUGCCUCAUUCAUAUUUGAUGGAUAAUACCCAAAUUUAGGGAAUUUAUUUGUUUUACAGUGAAGUGGAAGGGCUUGCCUUCUUUUCAGGGUAAGGCUUUUGAGUUGUAAAUCUGUGCAGUUUGAAAUGAAAAUUUUUAAAUAAAACACUGCCUGCUGCACUCAUUAACAUGAGUAUUGUCAUGUCUUGUUUUUGUAAAAGGCUAGUACAAGUGGUAUACGCAUAUCUGC